AAACAAGCUAAGAGUGUUCCUGCCUGCAUAGGUCGCAGUUCCUAACAGAAAGAUGAUGAUGUGACUGCAGUGGGGAGGGGGGUAUUAAAGUCAGGGAAUGGGUGGCGUUGUCUACAAGCCCACCAGCCCUCACGCUAUAUAUAUUACCUAACACCCUCGUGGCUCCUUCAUCCACAGCGCUGGCCGUCUGUCAGCAAGAUGCCAGGCAAACCUGCGCCCAUCAAGAAGUCCCCAGCCAAGAAGGCUGCCGACAAGGCACCUGAGCCCGCACCCGCUCCCGUAGAGGCUCCACCUGCUGCGGAGGCUGCACCUGUGGAAGCCGCUCCCGCCGAGGCACCGGCCGAGACAGCUCCCGCACCCGAAGGAGUAGCAGCCCCAGCAGAGGACAGCGCUCCAGCUGCUUCUCCCGCUGCUGAAGACGGUGCCGCUGCUUCCGCUGCAGACGCCCCCGCAGACGCUGCUCCAGCAGAAGCUGCCUUAGUUGAGGAGCCACCAAAGGCCCCCACGCCCCCACCUCCUGCAGUCCCCACCAGCGCUCCUCUGGACGUAUCUGUGGAAGAUGUGAACGACUCCAGCCUCACCAUUAAAUGGCGGACACCAGAGACCAUCGGAGAUUGUGGCCUGGACGGAUACAUCGUCGAGUACUGCAAGGAUGGGACAACAGACUGGGUUGUAGCUCAGGAGGAGCUUACGGCAUCUAAUCGCUACUGCAUCAAGAAUCUGACAAACGGUGACCUGCUGCUUGUGCGCGUGGUGGCCGUUAACCCUGGUGGCCGCAGUGAACCUGGUACACUUGCUGAGCCAGUGCGGAUCCGCGAGAUUGUUGCUUGUCUUUAUAGAAACUAAGUAAAAACCUACUGAAACUGCUUGGAGAAACAACCAAGAAGCUGCAGGAAGGUCUUCAUUGGUGCAAUGAGAAUUUCUAUCUUCCAUCUGAGGGGCUGCACAUCAGUGUAACUAUGUUGGAAAGUGUGCAAAAUAUACAAAAAUGUGAGUGGAUUUUCCCUACAAAAGUCCAAACCAACUUUCCCUACAAGAUAUAGUUGAUAUUUUGUUUCACCAAUGUAAAAAGAGCUUUUAAAACGUCUGUCUCCAACCUCUUUAUCAGGAGCUGACUGAUAGUUGUAACUUAUGACCUAUCCUUAAAAUACUCAUGUUGCAACCGGGAAGCAGAGGUGGUAUUAACUGCCGGGGGCCUCAGAUGAGCUGCACAGAUGUAUGCACAUAAAUCCCACAGGUGCUGACAAGACCUUUCAUUAGCUGUAAAUCAUGCUUUCACUUAUACACACAUCUUCAGUCAUUACUGCAUGUUUGACAAAUGAAGGUGAAUCACUCUUUU